AUGGCUAACGUCAAGGUGGCCGUGCGGGUCCGGCCUCUGAGCAAAAGGUGCGGCUGGCGGGGCGGUCUGGGGGAGUGGGGAGGUCCCGGUCGCCGCGGCAGCGGGGCAGUUACGGGGCGGCUGCGAGGGGUGAUCGGGUGCCGCUGGCCCUGUCGUCGGGGACGGGGUCGCCGCUGUGAGGUGGCUGAGCUGGGACUGAGGGAGGGACAGCAGGCGCUGGGGAGCUUAACGUUGCUGCAUAGAGCUUUUUGUCUGCAUAGUGAGGAAUCCUUGUUACCCUGUGGUAAAAGAGAGAGUGCAGAAGGAGGAAGAGUGAUUGUAGAAGUUGAUGACAAAGUGGCAAAAGUCAGAAAUAUAAAGGUUGACAGUAGACUUGAUAGCACUUGGGACUCAAGAGAAAAGACUGUGGCCUUCAGCUUUGAUUACUGCUACUGGUCAGUUGAUCCCGAAGAUCCAAAGUAUGCAUCUCAGGAAAUGGUGUUCCAGGACCUUGGCACUUCUGUGUUGUCGGGUGCAUUUAAAGGAUACAACAUCUGCCUCUUUGCAUAUGGACAGACAGGUUCAGGAAAAACCUACACAAUGAUGGGAACACCUGCAUCCAUUGGGCUGACACCUCGUAUAUGUGAGGGCCUCUUUUCAAGGAAGGAUGAUUACUCAGACCAGACAGCAUCUUGCAGAGUAAAGGUCAGUUUUCUUGAAAUCUAUAAUGAGCGUGUCCGAGAUUUGUUAAAACAAUCAGACCGAAAGAAACCUUACACGCUUCGAGUCCGAGAGCACCCUGAAACAGGACCAUAUGUACAAGGAUUGACUCAACAUUUAGUUACAGACUACAAGCAAGUUGUAGAACUUCUAGAAGAAGGAAUAGCUAAAAGAAUCACAGCAGCUACCCAUAUUCACAAUGCCAGCAGCAGAUCCCAUGCUAUCUUCACCAUCCACUACACUCAGGCUAUAUUGGAGAACAAUCUCCCCUCUGAAAUUGCAAGCAAGAUCAACUUAGUGGACCUUGCAGGCAGUGAAAGAGCUGAUCCCAGUUACUGUAAAGAUCGAAUUACUGAAGGUGCCAAUAUUAACAAGUCAUUAGUUACACUUGGAAUUGUCAUCUCUACUUUAGCACAAAAUUCACAGAUGUUCAGCAGCUGCCAGAGCAUAAACACCAUAACAAGCGAAGGGGAGAGCAGUCAUGCGGACAGUCCUUCCACAGGCAGCGUCAGUGGGAGCAGGCGACCAGCUUACAUCCCAUACCGUGACUCCAUCCUCACCUGGCUUCUGAAGGACAGUCUGGGGGGCAACUCCAAGACCAUUAUGAUUGCCACUAUCUCUCCUGCCAGCUCCAGCUACAACGAGACCAUGAGUACCUUGAGAUAUGCUUCAAAUGCCAAAAAUAUUAUUAACGAGCCCAGAGUGAAUGAGGAUGCAAAUGUAAAACUGAUCAGAGAACUGCGAGAAGAAAUUGAUAGGUUGAAAACUAUGCUGAUCAGCUUUGAACUGAGGAAUUCCAGUCCCUCUUGGAGCGAUGACAGGGACGGAAAUCUGACCGAGCUCGUUCUUCAGAAUGAAAUGAAGAUUGAGCAAUUGACCAAAGACUGGACAAGUAAGUGGACAGACAGGAAAGCCAUCAUGGAAGAAUACAGUGUGGACAUCAACAAAGAAAAAGCUGGAGUAACAAUAGAUUCUAGUUUACCUCAUCUAAUGGCCAUGGAUGAUGAUAUCCUCAGCACAGGAGUGGUGCUGUAUCAUCUCAGGGAAGGAACAACAAAAAUUGGAAGAAGUGAUUCAGACCAAGAUCAAGACAUUGUUUUGCAGGGACGGUGGAUUGAAAGGGAUCAUUGUAUGAUAGACAACAACUGUGGGAUUGUGACACUGCGACCAGUUCAGGGCGCACACUGCACUGUGAAUGGAUGUGAAGUCACUGGAUCAUGUCGUCUGUCACAAGGGGCCCUUGUUGUCCUUGGCAAGUCUCAUAAGUUCAGAUUCAAUCACCCAGCAGAAGCUGCUAUCUUAAGACAAAGAAGAUCAAUUAAUGAAACCCCACCCGUUCUGAGUUGUGGGGCUUUGGACUGGCUCAACUUGGAUGGAAGUUGCACCCAUUCUCCUCACUAUAUCCUUUCUCCUCUUGACAAUCAAAAAUGUAGAAACUGUAAAGAAAACAAAUGUUCUCCUGAACUAAGCAGAGAAAUAGAUUCUGUGCAUGAAGAGUACAAGCAGAAGCUGAGAGACCAGGAAGCUUUCCACAGAAAUCAAAUUCAACGGCAGCAGCUGUAUGUUGAGGAUUUAAAGCAGCAGAUCCUGAGAGGACAGAUCAAAGCAGAGCAGGAACUAGAAAAUGACCAAGCACUAAUCAACCAGCAGAUCCAAGAAAACCAGCAGUGGCUUAUAAAUGAGAAUAAACGACUAGCUGCCCUUCAGCAACAGCAGAGGGAGUUUGCAGUGCAAACAGAGUCUACGCUGUAUGCAGAGGCUGAGGUGCAGAGUACCAUUGGGCUGGAAAUCUGCCCUUCCCUGCUACAGCAGAACAAGAAGAGACUGGUGCAGCUGGAGCUCUUGCGAAGAUACUCCUUAAAAAAGGCAGAAAGAAACAUAAGACGGAAAAAGGUCAAAUUCCAGCUGGAAAGGAUAGUCAAGAAGCAGAAGUUACUGGAAGCCAAGCAAAACCUAGAGCAGCUGGAAGCUAGCUGCUGGCUCAAUGAAGAGUGUGUGAAACAAUCCCAAGUCCUAAACGAAAAUACUGCUGUACGGUCCUCUUCAGAUCACCAGUUGCAAAAGAGAAGGAAGUCAUUGGGUUCGAGUUCCUUACAGCACAGGCAGCAUUCGUUCUGUAACCCGCAUCUGCCCCAGGUACCCAGCUGUUUGUUGAAGAGGGAGACUGUCUCAAAGUUAUCUACCUCACCAAAUAUUAAUCAAUGCUGUGAAGGCAGUACAACAGGGAGGUUGUCAUCUGUAGAAUAUCUUUACAGAAGAGGUAAAGACGUUUCUGGGUGUGAUGACCUUAAUGAUGAAAAAGGGAUCUCCUUUUCAGUCCAGAGGCAGCUAACUGAAAAACAAAAAACAUCUUCACUUGGAAAUAAAAAAGGAGCCAAAAAAACCUCUAAUGAUUCAGCUAUCAUGGCUUAUAUCAAUAAAUAUGAUAAAAAAAUUGAAAAGUUGGAUGACAACCCAGGGGAAGCUGGAUCUCAAAACCAGACCUCUAAAGGCUCCUCUCCUGAUCUUUUUAAGGAGAAAGAUGAGCCUGAAACCUUUAUUACAGGGACAAGAAUGACAAAAGCAAAGGUGCUAGGAGAUUUAAGUCAGCCUGCAAGUAGCAAUCUAGAACAAAGUAGAGCUCAGGUAUCCAAUAAAAAGACUAGAAUGGAUAUCAAUGGAAAAGGCCACAGGUCUUCUCCAGAAAACUUUCCUAAAGAAAUGAAGAAAACAGUGUAUGGAAACCCACCAUCAGUGCAUCUAAACCAAACAGCCAAGAACUGGGAGAGAGCGCCAAACUCAGCCUUGCCAAGUCAUGAGAAAUCAUCAGUGGAACAGCAAGAAUUUCUGAUGGUGGCAACAUCAGUAGGAAAUCUCACUAAGAUGAACACACAGGCACCACUCUCUUAUGUUGAAAAAAAGUGGCACAGUGCUGAGAUGCUGAGUGCUGGAGUGUCCAGAACAGCCACAGAUGUGCUGGGGAACUGGCAAGAGGAUGAUGAAAAUGAGAUUUCUGAUACUGACAGUUCCUAUUCUGUAGAUUCUCUCUCCUGCGCUUAUGCAAAAGCUUUCACAGAGAAACUGAAACAAGAAGAUUUUGACAGAAAUAAAUGUCUUGCCAACCCAGAAGAUUCUGAGAGCGAUGACAGUCAAAUGUCACAAGACUCUCUGGUUGAAAAGGAAAAUAAAGCCAAAAAGCAAAGUAAAAGCCGAUUUCACAAAUCAAAGGCCCACCAUGAGCCAGCUAAGCUUUACAAAAGCAGAACUGAUCACCAUAUUUCAUCUUUGGUGACAUCAUACGCAUCUCGUAGGAGACUGGGAAAGCCUGAAAGAAGCUUUUCACUGGACAGCUUAGCUGAUGGAGAAGAGAUGCCAGCAGAAGAUCCGGUAGAAGAAUCCAAAUCUGAUUCAUCUGAUGAAGUGCCAGCAGAGAUUUUUUGGAAGUUGCAAACUCCUAGAUCACCAGCUAUACAGACUGGGGAAGACCAUGAGUCCAAGACCUGCAACAGAGAUACAGAAGGGACAAAUUAUGGUCUGAAGCUGAGCAGUUCCUUUUAUUUGGACACUAAACCACAGCCUGCUUCCAGUAAUGCCUGCAAGCAGUUGCUGAAGGGGACAAAUGUCUCAUUUGUAGAACAAGAAAGGUCUCUUGAUAGAAGACUGUACUAUGCAAGUGGAAAUCCUUUGCUUACUACUGAUGCUUGGUCUUCCUGUGACUCAAAGGUUGACAUCAGCAGCCCCAGAAUAACAGCGCCUGCUUCCCAUGAAAAUUUGGAAUUUCAAGAAGUUCGUCUGUGCUCUUUGAGCAAACCAGAGCUUUGGCUGAAGAAAGAUGAUCUAAAGCAGUCAGCUGCUGAAGUUUCUUUUGUUUCUGGCUCUAAGCAGAUACACAGCAUUAUUCAUUUGUCACAUCGUAUAAACGAAAUAAACACAGUUUUCUCCUCCGACACAUCAGAAGUACCUUUACCUGAAACAACAACUGCAAGCAGAGUUUCUGAGAGUGGAUCGUUAAAUAAGAUUCUUAAGGGAUGGACAAACUCUAAUGAAAAUUCUUCCUUGGAAUCUCAAGAUGUAAUGUCCUCAUUUGUUAGCUCAGUAGGACCAAGCUCCUCUUUUGUUCCUAUUUCAGCAAAGCAUGAUUAUUAUGAACAUUCAAGGUCAAGUUAUCCUGAACAAGAACAACUGAAUGAAUUAUCUACUUACAUGUCUACCACUGAACGCACACAAACAUUCGGCUGUAUGGAAAGCGCCUCCACUGCAGACUGCUUGUCACUGGUAUCUAGGAAAGAGGAGGAUUCUCUCCCCACAACUCAUCCAGAGCUGCCAAAAGAUCACAAUCUGAAAAAAACACCUUUUAUUUCUGUGUGGCCCAUGCAAAUUUUGGAGCAGAGAAAUGGCUGUGUAGAUGCAGAUUUAGAAGGUGAUUUCUUCAGAACUUUUGAAAAAAAUGACCUUGAUGAUGACUACAAUAACUUGAUGACAAAAUCAAAUAUGACAGAUUCAGCCAGUGGAAGUGCAUCUGUCAGUGCACCUGCUGCUGAAUCUUCUACAGGACUUGCUCAUAAUAUGACCUCAACACAGGCAUCUGCAGUAAAACAAGUCCAAUUUGGAAACCAUGGGCAGCUUUUUCCAAGAAGGGAAAUACCAACGUGUUGUGAUGAAGGUUUCUUUCUCAGUGACUUAACAAAUAAGAACUGCUCUCUAGUAAGCAGUUAUGAGCUUCAGACAUUGGCUGGACAAGGAGCAGAAUCAGCUGUUACAGUAGGUCUCAGAUCUGGAGAGAGUAAUUUGGAAACAAUGCAAGAAACGGAUUAUGAACAAAUAUCUGCAGAAGAAGUAACAACAGAGAUAGAUUUUUCCUCACAGAUGACAACGUAUCGAUGUAACCCUUUAGUUGUUGCUCACAGUGCAAGUUACGACCAAUCUGCAACACCAAUAGAGAUGUCUCAAAAAGAGAUUAUCUGUAUGGAAACAAGCACAGAUAGCUUGGCAGAGAUUGCGCCAGAGGUGCCUUCAUUCAGAGAUAAUGAAGAAUACGAACCAAAGGAUGAAGACUUGUCUUCACUGAAUCAUUAUGAAUUCAAAAGCAAACCUGUUUCAAAAAAUUAUUCCCAUGAGUGUGCUCUAGCAGACAGUCAGGGAAGUUGCUUAUCCCAACAAAUUUCAGAAAAUUCUACAUUAUGCAUUGAUAAUAUAAGAGAAGAAAGCAGUGACAGCAAAGAGCACAAUGUCUUGAAUUCUCAGGCUGUAGUUCAGAAUGAAUUUUCAUCCAGAUAUGAAAACUUAGUGGUAAAUGAAGUAAGUUAUCUCAUAGUGAAUGUAGAUGGGAAAGACACUGAGUCAUUCCCUGCUGCUGUUUGUGAGAGUACAAAUGAUUUUCUCCCAGAAUCCAAUUCAAGCAUAUUUUACGAAGCAUCAAUAAAAGCUAAUCUUUUUCAAAGUGCAUCCGAGACUGAAAAUUAUGAUAAAUUAUUGGAGCAUGUCACAAUAGCGAAAGGAGAUUGCGAUGCUACAUCUAAUCUUACCGUGGAAGUCAGUGCCACAGAAGGUUGUUCUGACGUACAUUCUGGCUGCCUUUGCACAACAUGCUCUUCAAAAUCAACAGGGCAGAAAAACAGUAUGCGUAAGACAACCGACAUUUCUGUGGAAUUUGAUGCAACCAUUCUCUUGGAAACAGAAACACAGAACAAAUCUUUACUUGAAUCAAGAGAAGAGAAAGAAGCCUUUUUUGAAAGUGAUUGCCCAGAGGAUAUCUUGCUUGUUGAAGAUGAUGUAAACUCAGAGUCGGGAAGAGUGUUUGAAUACAACACAAAUACAUCAACUACUGUUUCUCAAGAGGAGAGUCCGUAUAUAAAUAAAGAAUCCAGAUUUUUAAGAAACGCAGAAACUGAUCCAGAAGAAACUACGGUUCCUUAUCAGAAUACAAAAGCAAACACUGAUGAAGAAAUAACAAAAUUAAUCAAUAGUGCAAUCAACUUAGAAAAAAAUGCAUUGGAAAUUAAAUCCAGACAGACUGAAAGUUUACCUGACUACCCAGCAGCCGAAGUCCAAAGUGUAAGAGAAGACAGGAGUGGAGAGGAUUUUAAAGGUAUUAGUCUAUCUCAGAAUCCAAAGAAACCUAUUGAUAUUGUAGCUUGUGAAGUUCCAUGUGAGUUUUAUACAAAUCUGUGCCUGACACAUGAAAAGGUGGAGAAAGAUGAACUGCAGGUAGCCAGCACCGGGGUAGAACACACUCAGGAAUCAAAAGCACUCGUGCAUUCUGGCAGCCGACUUGAAACAAGCAGCUUUUGCCAAAAAGAAAAAAGCGAGAAAAUAGAAAUAGGUAUUUAUUCACCAGAGUUUUCUGUUGCUCCCAAAACCACUCCUUCAGCUGUGUGUUCCCACACAACAGAUAUUACUCAGAAUACUUCAGGCUUCCUUGAUACUUGUGAGGGGCUUUUACAGAUGAACAGAACAAUAGAAAAUGUGUUUAAUACAGAGGAUGUAGCUGCAACGGUACUAAUCACAAGUAGGCAAGGAAAUAUUUUAGCAAAAACUGAAAAUGAAGGACAAGUAAAUUCUAGUAAUUUAAUUGAACAUUGUGUACCAAACUGUUUGCCCCAGGAAGACAAGGUUAAUGAAUGUGAAGUGACUGGGAGUGAAGAACAAAUUACCAUGACAAACACUGAGCAGCUGAUUAUUACGAGGCGAGAAGUCAUACACACAGAUGAAAAUGUUUUAUUUACUGAAGAGUCUCCAGCUCUACAUCAGAUGUAUUGUGAGAGAGAUGACAAAGAGGAAAUUUUCAAUCAGUUUAAGAUCCCUGAAAGAUACCUGGCAGCUUCAGGACUAGAACAGAAUAUACUGUUAGAAGAUGAUUCAAGAUACCAUGAUCCUACUGAAAUGAGUGAAGAUGGUGGCUCAGUGGACUCUGUUACAGAUACAAGAAAUGCAGUCAUGAAAGGUAUCGAUGCAUAUGAAUAUUCAGUUGAUGAUUGUACUGGUAUUGACCAAUAUAGAAUUGAACAAGAAUUUAAAAGUCUCCACAUUAAAGGGGACAGCCAUACGUAUAUGAGUUGCUCUAUGCGACAUCCUGAGCAUGGCACUUCAGAAAACUUGAAUGUAAGUAUUGUUAGAAAAAGACCUGAUAUUUGUGAAUUGGAUCCAGUAGGCUCCAGAGAUGAGGAGGAGAAAGUGCAUUUGAUGAAUCUAGUACAAAUGGCCAAAACAGACAAAGAAAAGCAGAUGUUUGCAGAAAACACAGAGGAGGUAGAACUGAUCAUUUUACAAAACCUGAAUGAACUAUUCCCUGAAAACAAAGACAGCUGCCAAAUGACACAUGAUGACAGCAGAUUAAAUGAGAUCUUAGGAGAAAGCCAGUGGGUGUCUACCAGCUUUUCUAGAAAUAAUGAAGAUACCAGCAAGCAACAAAAUCCACCAGCAAUGCUCAAGUCUACUGAAAAAACCCAAGAAGGUUCACUUAAAGACUCCCCAUGCCAGCCUGUAAAUCACCUUUUAUAUCUUGGAGUAAGUGAUGAUUCCCAUCUUGUUCAAGAUGUUCCCACUGCAUUGAAAGGACAUACAAAAGCAUCUAACAGCAGCAUUGGAACUGGAGCUGUUCUGCCUUACUAUGAAACAUUAAUGGAGAGUGAGGUCUGUGUUGGUAUGCCUGUUACAGUCAACAAAAUGGGAGAAGACAAAUAUCUUUCUGAUAAAGCACAAAGUAAGAAUGUAGCUUUUCUGCAAACCAGGACCACACAGGACAGGCAGGAGGAAGAAUCCUUUGUAUUUAACAAUGCACCUGAUUAUGCCAUAUCUGGACAACCUGUCAAUGAGAACAGCGCUUCCACUCCCUACAGUGCAGGCGGUCCCGAGUCUGAAAUUGUUGUGCUUCAGCAAGGGGCCAAAGGAAACUCAUUUUCCUUGGAAAAAUUAGAUUCUUCUGAAGAUAUAAUUCAGGAUGUUAGCAAUGCUCAUGAAGAGCACAGUGUGGAUUUAAUGGUUAAUAAACUAUCAAAAGACUGCCUUAAUUCCAUAGAAGAUACAGCUCAAGAGGAAAAGGGUACCAUUGUGCCUGAUGCACUGCUCAUGGAUAAUUCAAACCUGCUUUCUUCUUCAGAGAAAGUGAUGGAAGAUACGGGGGGUGGGGAAAUGCAUUCUUUACAAGAAAUCUCUUUGCAAAAAAUGUUUCACAGUAUUAAUACAACUCAGAAAGUACUUCACUCAGGGAGUUUAUCACAGCAUGAUGAGAAGGAGAAAUUUUUAAGCACAAGCUAUACUACAGCAAACAGUAAAAAUGAAAAUGCAAAGUUUCCUGGUGUAGCUGGAUAUCAGCAUGAGCCCAGAGAAAAUCAGGGACAUGGGACUUCUGAAGAGUGCUGCGUAGACCAACCGGGCAGCACUGUUUCUGAGAAUGCUUCAACCCUUUCAGAAGGCCUGAACAAGACUCCAUGGGAAAAUCCAUAUUAUAGUAAGGAGUUUCUAAAUUAUAAUGGGAACUCGGGCAUUUCUGAACGUUCUCCUGGUCUCCUGAAUCGUCGAACAUCAUCUGCAGAUGUUUUGAUUGCCAGCAAUGGAGACAAAGGUAAAGACGAUGCUGUUCUCUCUGAAGAAACAAAAUACUUUGAAAGUGAAUCAACUGAUUUAAGUGUAUCUGUAACUUUUCCUGAUGUUUCUCAAAAAGGAGAUGAAAGGAAAAAUAAUUCUGCAGUUGCAGAGGCCACAUAUGCUCAGAAUAAUAAACUCCCUGAAAAAGUUGCAGGAACAGAUCAAAAGGAGAAAAUAACUCAAGGUUCUUUCCAGAAUUGCAAUGACAUAAAAGAAAAUAAAAAUCCUGAGUACUCAGAACACUACAGUAACACUUCUAGUGUGACUGGACCAGAAUUGGGCUCAUUUACUUUUCAGAGCCGAGGACAGACUGGCAGUAAAGAAUCAGAGUCUCUUCCAUCCUACUGUGCAGAAGAUACUCCAGCUGAUACACCAUUUCAAAGCUCCAAGAACUUCAGUGCUUUUGACACUUCUUGUUUACUUGAUGACUCAAAAUCUCUCAUAUUUAGUCAGCUUGAGGACUCACUUCAAGACACUUUUUUGACUGAGCAAGUGUCCUCCGGUUCUGCAGAUGUGUGCUCUGUAAAAGAAGGAGAUUUUCCCCAUGCAUUUGCAAGUGUCAAUCACCCAUCCUUAACACCAUUUUCAGAAUCUUCUUUAACGGCAGAUCUAGGCCAUGGUGAAACUGGCACGUACAAUAUUUCACAUACAAGUAUAUUGAAACAUUCUCCAUUUGCUGUUUUGCAAAUACAAGACACUCAGUCUGAUAAGGCUGUGGUAUUCGAUGAGCCGAUACAUGCUUCAGGAAGUAUUUUACUUUCUCUUGCAAAAGAAAACAGGCAUUGUCCAGUAUCAGACACAGACUCUACUCCAUAUAAAAAUUCUGCUGCAGAUGGGGAACCUGUAUAUGGAAGUAAUCGUAAAAAAUUUGACAAUGAUAUAAAAGUUGAUCAGCACCACUGGGGUAAGGUUCCACCGCAAGAAGCUUGCACAGAACAUAUAGAGAAAGUACUAAAUGAUAAUUCUCUUUUAUUACCAUCAUUACCUUUUUGGGAUACUGGAGGGGCAAUUCUUGUUAAAGAGGGACAAAUGAGAAAAACACUUAACAGAAAUGAGGAAGAACUGCAUUCAAAUACUGAGGCUGAACAUUUUUCAGUAAAGACACAGCAGAGAAAAACAUUAAGUAGAGAACCUGUUGAAAAGCAAACGAAUGUAUCCUCAAAUUCUGCAAAUGUAUUAAUAGGCUCAGAAGUUACAGUGUUGGAAAAUCUGUAUCGAGGAGAUGUUGAUGUGGAUCCUAAACACACCUGCAAUUCAUUCAGUCCAACAUAUCCCACAUACAGCAGAAGCACUGAUCCCAAACGACUGUAUCACACUGUCUUCGGUUUUGAAAAAAACCCUGCAGAUCUGCAAGAUAAUUGUCAGUAUGUGCCUACAGGUGAACAGACAGGGCAGGUGCCAGAUAGAAAAGAGAUUUUACUUUGCAAAAAUAACACAGGUUCAAGCAUUGAUAGCCCUGCUGAUGAUGCUGAUGCAGACAAUUGUUCAACAAUGGGAGACACUAUAAUGAGGAAUAAGACUCUGAAAUUGGAAAGACUGAAGUUUUCUGUAAUGAAUAAUGAAAGUACCUCCGUAAAGUUUUUACCAGAAAACCAUGAUUUGCCUCCUCAAGAAUCCAAACUGGUGCAAUUCAGGAGCAAAAGAUCAUAUUCUACUACACAGAAUACAAAGAGCUGUAAACAAAGUGAACAGAGACCUUAUUUACAAAGUCACAGACUAUCAGCCCCAGCUAUUGCUGUCUUCUCUGAUAUAGAAUAUACUUUGGAAGCUUCAUCUAAGGCAGAUCCUUUGUUAUGUUCUGCAUCUAAAUCAUUACAGGAUUUAAAUAUGAGUGUAGAACCUCCAUCACCAACUGAAGAUGAUCUUCAUGGAAUUGAAAGAUUUUCAAAGCAGGAAUCAAAGAACUUUCUACAGGUUAAAUCUAAACCCAGAUUUCAGCAAAGAAUGGCACAAACUAAGAAGCUUGCAAACUGUGAUCCCAAAAAUUUACAAAAUUUUGCAGCAAGAACCCAAAGCAGCCAGUCUUUAAAAGACUGUACUACUCAAUCUCCAUCAUCCUUACUGCACACAGCUCACAGUUCUGUGGGUACAGAAGCAAAUGUCCAUUCAAAGAGUAGUUCUGUAGCUCAGUGUAGUGAAGGGAAAGUUGAAGAAGCUGGAUACCAGCCAGAAACAGAUUUAUUUUUGCAAGACAAUAAAGAUACAAUGCAUUUUAGUUCAAGUGAUAUCAACCCAUAUAUUCAUCCAUGGCAAAGAGAUGGAUCGUGCAAGAUUGGCUGGAAACAGUAUGUUUUUGGAAGUGCAAGUGAUGUCUCUUGCAAUCAAAUUCCUUUAAACCUGGAAAAUCAUAAAGUUGUGAGAUGUUCCAGUGUAGAUAAUGGAUUGAAUUCUCAAAAUUCUCCUUUUCAUUCUCAUCUCAGUUCAUAUGCUACAGCAAAAGUUUUAUCGAGCACUUUAAGCAGCAUUGAAGGUCUUCAAGGAUGGGACAAUGUCAGACAAGACUUUCAAUCUGCAUACUCAAGUGACAGUACCAAGCAGUAUAGCAACGUAUCCAGUGAAACAUUGAAAACUAAUACAGAAAAUAACACUGCUGAAUUUGAGAGUCCUUCUGCACCACCUGGUAACUCUUCAAUGCAGGUUGAUGAAAUUGUACUGUUAUAUCCUUCUGAGUCUGAAAGGUCUUCCAAAAAACUACCAGGGAUUACAUGUGAGCAGGGAACACAAACCGCAACUACAGGAAGGUAUAAAAGGCAGAGAAGACAUCAGAGAAGCUACACGGAUGUUUCUGCAAGAAAGCAGGAAACAAACAGAGAUUUAUUUCAUCAACCUUCUUCUUGGUCGAGCAUGCAGAACCUGUCCAUGCAUCUGUCACAGCUUCUUCAGAACACUUCUGAGCUGUUGGGAAACCUCUCCCAACAGAAUAUUAUAGAUAAUGAGCAGAAUGCCAAAGUCAACCAAAGAGGAACUGAAGAGGCUGUAAAGGCUACUAGAUCAGAUAGCUGCACUCAGACUACAGCAGAUGUAGGCACUCAAACUGAGAUUUUGGAAGAACCUCAAAGCAAACCUGAAGAAAAACAAGUGGAGGCAAAAAUGGAAAAUGAAUUGAGGGCAGCUCAGGCAGUAAACACUGACUGGAAAGGAAUAGGUGCAGAUGCAGUAGGUAAGAUUCCCAAAAGGAAAGAGGAAACACUCUCUCUUGAAGAAAGAACACAAGAACGAACAGGGAUGAGAAAUCUGGGCAAUCCUGACUUCCAUGACAGUCUUGACAGCAUUUUGGAAGACUCCUUUAUGCGUCUGCCUCUCUUACCCAGAACUUCCACUCCUAUCUUAGAUUUUCAAAAAACAUCAUUAAAUGCACAGCAGAAUGUUGCUUUUGCUAGUACCAGAGUUUCAUCUGUCACAUCAUCUUCGCUGAGUUCAGGGCAAGAUGGUUCUUCAUGCACUGUAGUCAGCAGCCCUACUAAUAGUACCUCUCAGUCUCCAGCAUCUUGUGCUCAGGAUAAAAGAAGUGUUAAUGAACUAGAGGUUCCAGCAGAAAGAAAAUUCUGUUACAAAAACACCCUGCUAGUUGAUAGGGCCUCUUCCCCUAUUCUUACUCUUAGUGCUAGUCCCAGCAGCCAGACUGCUUUUAGCAAGUCUGUCUGCACUAUUAAGGAACCUCUUGGAUAUUCCAGUGAUGCUUCAAGUCCCCUUCACAACCAGAGAAAGCAGAGGGCAGGUCCUCAGGCCAGCAUGCAACCUCAUGUGGACAAUUUUUCACAGACAGAAACAGACAGUGAAUGUAGCGCUUCUAGAGAAUGUAAGGGCAUAAGAAAGAAAUCCGGAAGUUUCUCAGAUAAGAAAGCAGCCAAAGAGCUUUUAGGACAGGAUGGUUCAAAAGACUUGGAACAGCACAGACUCACGGCUGACACCCACACUACCAUUUGUGCAAAACGAUUGUAUCACUCUAGUAGUGUGUUGGAGGUGUCGGGCCACGGGGAAGUUUUAACCGGUGAUCUCAGAGACCGCGGUCCACUGGCACGUUCGCUUCGUUGUAUGUAUGUUGCAAGGGGAGGAAGAGGUUCUUCAGCUGGAAUUGGACACAGAAAAUAUGUUGGUAAUUCUGAUACUGCUUUGAUUCAUAAUUACUCACCUCCAAAUGCUGACUUACUUUUUAAUCAAAAAAUCAGUGCCACUUGUUCAAGUAAGACAAAUGCUGGUGCGUCCUCAGAACCUCUGGUAGAAGCAUCUCUACAAUGUCACGAUUUCUUCUGGAAAAAUGAAAACAGCUGCCCUCCCCCGCUCUCUGACGUGAGUGAUGUGCAAACUUCCUUCCAAGACGACAAUACAGAUUCUGUCACUGAAAGUGAAUGUGACACGGAAAUUCCUCUCAACAAAAAUACUACUUUUGCAAAGCCUUACAGGCCUCGGAGCUACAGUCUCCGUGACUUACCCAUACACAAUAAAUUUAGCAACUGGUGUGGUGUUAAGGGCAGCCCUUCUCCUUCGUUACUCAGCUUGAGUGGCAGUGUGACCGAUUUACGAAGUCAGGUAGAAAAGAAACCUAGAAGCACACGAGCAACAGAAAUGGAAGGGAAAUCCCAGCUUUGUGACAGCAGGAGCAGAGAGAUUGAGAGACUUCAGAGAGAGCGAGCUCAGAUCAUGUCUGGCAUUCACCUGGAUCUGCACCAGCAUCCCCUCACUGUGGAACUGACUGAAGCAAAGCUCAAUUACGGCAUCGGGGAAACGGACGCCCUGCUGAGGGUCCUUCAGAGCGGAACUGCGGAUGACCUGGUGGCGUUUCCAGUGAAGCAGCAACUUUAUGAAAGACACAUGAGGACUAUUGAAACUCUGAGGAAGGAAAGAGAAAAAAGGCUGCAAAGAUACCAAAGAAGCAGGAGUCUGAGUCCUCAAAAGCAUUUGAGUCUGUUGCAGAUGCUGGAUGUGAGUCAGAGGGAUCUAGAUCUCCCCAGCAGACGCCGAGAAUAUCUGCAACAACUGAGAAGAGAUGUGGUGGAAAAUACCAGAGUUCAAGAGACAAAAAGAAGAAGCAUUCAGCAUCCUUCAGACAUUGAACUGUUGCUCCGAGACUACCAGAGGGCACGAGAGGAAACCAAAACUGAAAUUGCACGAGCUAGGGACAAACUUCGGGAGAGAGCUGAGCAAGAAAAAAGGCGUAUACGGGAGCAAAUAUUUUCUCAGUUACAGAAGGAAGAAGCAAGGCUGAAGACUCUUGCAAGUACAAGCACUUUAUGUACAGACUCCAGCCUCAGCCUCUCCUCUGGCCCAACAUCUGGUUACAAUAGCUGUAAUACUGCUACAUAUACUGCAAGUAACCUCAGCGGCCAGGAAGGACAGGUCUCUUCUGGAAAUGCUUUGCUUUCAAAAGAUACACGAGGUCGUUCAGCUGUUAGAAAUAGUCAGCUUUAUGUGUUAGAGCAACUACAGAAGGAUUCAACAUUUGAAGCCAGCAGAAUUCAGCCGCCCCUUCCUUCUAGUAGCAUCAGCUGUAGGUUCACUCAUGGAUUAACUAUUUCCGUCAGCUCCUCUUCAACAAAAGGAUACCAAGAUUUAUCCAAACAUAUCUUGGCUAAUGCUACCACUGAGGUAAUGGCAGCAUGCUCUCAUAACCUGAGGAAUCUCUACACAUGUCAAGCAGCAGCUGGUUGGAAAUAUCAAUGUACAGAAAAAGAGGUGCUGGUUUACUACAAAGUUUUCCCUUCAGCCACAAGGCAUGGGUUUCUGGGAGCAGGAGUGAUAGAAAGACCUCUUCCCUAUGUGUGGGGACUAGUGAGAGAUCCUGGCAAAAGGCAUCUGUAUGACAGAACUAUCAACACAGCUCGAAUACACAAGAAGGUAACCAGCCAUAUUCAGCUGGUAUAUUUAGUGACUGAUACCUCCCUAUGUUACCUAAAGCAACCCCGGGAUUUCUGCUGCAUUACGGUAGAAGCCAAAGAGGAGAACUUGUCUGUCUUGGCUAUUCAGUCUGUCUAUGAUGCAUCCAUGCCUCACCCUUGUAAAGAAGUGGUGAGAGGGGAGAUUUUGCCAAGUGCUUGGAUACUGGAACCUGACGUAGUGAAUGGAAGAGAUAUCACCAGAGUUAUUUACAUGGCACAGGUGGAUCUCGGUGCCCCGGCCAUCCCCGCAAGGCUCCUGAGUUCCAUUGCUAAGCGACAGCCUCUGGUGAUUGCUCGACUGGCACACUUUCUUGCUAGUUAGUGUUUGGUACAAAACUGGACGCUUAACAGCAGCUGAAAGUUCAUGAAGAGACACAAGCAUCUGUAAGGGUAAUGUAACAUGCUGGCUCAUAAGACAGUCACAAUCAAGCCUCACUUGAGGAGCCUAACUGCUAACGUUGGACUGUACAAAAGUAUAGUUAGAAAAAAGGAUCAUUUAUUUUAGCCAACGCUGCUGAGAAGAAACCCAGCAAGUUUUAUGGGGAACCCAUCCUCCUGGAGACAGCUGUGGAAAACCUCCACGGAAGAGCAGGAAGGUGUGCUGUCUCAAUAAAGUGCAGAGGAAGAGACUUUGCUUUACAAUAGCCAGCAUCUUACAUGCGGAAGUGUAUUAUUUAAUUUCUGUUUCCAAGGAGCUUCAAAGAUCAGCCUUCUUUCUUUAAGAAAUUUUAGGCAGCAGUGAGAAAAAGGCAAUGGAAGCAACAAAAUGCACUACAAAGUGGAAACAGUACACGUAUGGCUUGAGACCUUUUACAAGCUCUUGAGUAGAGCUGCAAAGCCGCUUUCUAAUGUUGAGAUAAGUAUCAAAUGCAGAAUUCCUAACAGUGUAGAUAAAUCAUUUUACUUAGCUAGCUGGCUAUACUUCCCCUUGAGAAGGGAAGUUAAAAGAGCACGAUAUCCACUAGUCAUCCUACACCCUGGAUAGAUUUUUCUCAUGUAACUGGCUGACUGCUUGCAGCCAGUAUAAGGUAUUUCAGAUUGCCACCACACUAUGCAGCAUCAGUGGAAACCACCACACCUCAGGACACAGUUUUACUGCACUGCAGAAUUAGGUGCUUUGAAAUAAAGAAACCAAACUGACAGUUGUAAACAGUGACACUUUGUCAUUAAUAGGGAGUAGUACUGAGUAAUCAGCUUGUUUCUAGAAUUUAAAUCCUGCAAAUAAGAGUAGCUCCAGCAUUUUUCCACAAUGGCUUUUUCCAUCAGCCCUUCUACACUUCUACCCAAAUGCAUUAAGAGUUGAAAAUCUAGCCUGGUCAUAGUCUUAUCGCACUACUUCGUCGUAACGUGACCAGCUGUCUCACUGCAGUCAAUACAGACUCUUCCCAUUCAGUUACCUCAUGGUAUUUCUGUUGAACUUAGUCCAACAAUCCUGCUGUCAGCCUUUACAGGUUUGGUCAACACACUCCCUAGUUUGGUCACACAUUCCUAAAAUUAAACAAAACCACAACCAACUCAAAUGUCUGAGUAACUUCAUUUAGUUCUUCAGCACAAUGGUAAAGAAUCACUUCAGAUAUCUUAUCUAAGCAAUAAAAGCUGCUAUGAUAUGCUUUCUUUAGCUCAAAAAAGCCCACAUUGUUCAAGAAGCUGUUGCACUUUAAAUUUGUCAAGUGAGAGAUACGUAUUCAAGCACCCACCUUACCAGAGUCAGUGUCUGCUACUUUAAUGCAGUUACUUUCAGUAAAAGAUGCAUUUUCCCAGCGCACAGUGAAGUUAGCUGCACUUCCCACCUUUGAGUUCAAGAGCCAAGAUCUGCUUUUACUAUAUCUUUGCACAGGUGUGGUUUUGGCUCUCAGCUUCUAUGUUACUUCCUGUUACUAAUAUGUUAAGUUUUAAAAGAUAAUAGAUAUUUUAAAUUGAUAUUUAAGAAAAUAGCAGAUUUGAUACAUACCAGCCCAAGGCUUUUCCCCCUCCCCCCAAACUAUACCAGGUAGGAUAACAAAACCUUUCACUUACAAAUUUGCUUUGUUUUAUCUUUAGAUGGUCAUGGUUACAAUCUUAACACCAAUAUAUUACUGUUCUCUUUUGGUGAGGCUCAGCCUUUUCGUAAAAGCCUGCCAAACUGGGUCAUGGCAUGGUUCACUUCAAGCCUCAUGCAUCUUCCGUAGCCCCUCAGGAAGAAGGGGCAACCUGUCACAAAGUUUUCUGCAACUGAGCGAGAAGACAGAUUUCCAGAUUUGCAACCUGUCAUACAGUCCCCACAUUUUGGUGGAAACCAAGAAAGGAAGAGCAAACAAGGCAGUACGUAAAAGCCCUAGAAAAAAUGAGCAGCAACAGCAGCACCGUGUAUUGGCUCUGUCCCCAGUGCUGCUUCCAUGGAUUUCCAGAGGAGGUAGCAGAGGGCUUCAUACAAUCCAAAAAAGAUUUGCUCAGUGCUUCACUUUUUUUUCCUUUUAUUUUGGACAUGGCACUAGUGAUAAAAAAGCAGUUUUUGUAGGAAAAACAUCUAGGGGGACUCCUGUUGAUCAACGAUGCCAGUGCCUGUGAAGGAUAAUGUCUUAUUGUACAGUGCAUCAGAUGUUUAUUUUUAUAUAUACAUAAGAUUUUUUUCUAUGUUUACAGAUUAAGUUAUUUAUAUAUGCUUGUUUUGAAGCGUUUUUAUAUGCUAGCAAAGCUAAGUUUUAUUUUUAUCAGUAUUGAAUUAAUGUAACUUUUUUUUUAAUACAGUCUUCAAUUGAUACUAAAAAGCCUAUUUAUAUGAAUGUUUUCUUUUGCAAAUAUAACAUUUUAUGGUACCUGUUAAUGUACGGCAUUGGUUUGUUUGGAAGGAAGAAAUAAAAACCCAGCAGAUAUCUAAUUUGUUAAUCUACAACGGGCAAAAACCAACUUCCUGUAAGUUACUGCUGAGCAGUAGAUGAUCAAACCAAUUGUAUUGUACCACCUACUGUUGCAUCUCUGCUCUUAAUCAAGAUUGCUAUUUUCAUACCCACAAUAAAUGGUAUU